AUGGAAAGUAGUGACAGGUUAAUUUCUGCUCCUUUGGAUGGGAUUGUUGGUGACGGGAUUCCGAGACCUAAGCUUCUUCAUGGGAGGACUAGUGGCCCUGCAAGACGUUCCACAAAGGGUCAAUGGACAGCUGAAGAGGAUGAGAUUCUGCGCAAGGCUGUUCAGCGUUUCAAAGGAAAGAACUGGAAAAAAAUUGCUGAGUGUUUCAAGGACAGGACUGAUGUACAAUGUCUGCAUAGGUGGCAGAAGGUCUUGAAUCCUGAACUUGUUAAAGGUCCAUGGUCGAAGGAGGAGGAUGAAAUUAUAAUUGAAUUGGUGAACAAAUAUGGGCCAAAGAAGUGGUCCACAAUUGCACAGCAUUUACCUGGACGUAUUGGAAAGCAGUGCCGAGAAAGGUGGCAUAAUCAUCUUAAUCCUGCAAUAAACAAAGAGGCAUGGACACAGCAAGAGGAGCUGGCCUUGAUUCGUGCACAUCAGAUUUAUGGGAACAGAUGGGCAGAGCUUACAAAGUUCUUGCCUGGAAGGACAGACAAUUCCAUAAAAAAUCACUGGAACAGUUCUGUAAAGAAGAAACUGGAGUCUUACAUGGCAUCAGGUCUGUUAGAACAGUUCCAAGCCGUUCCGCUUGUGGGACAUCAAACUCUACCCUUGCCCUCAUCUUCCUCAAGGCUGCAUAGUUCUGGAGAUGAUAAUGCUCAGAGAGGUGGAACAGAAGCAGAAGAUAUAUCAGAAUGCAGUCAAGAGUCAAGUAUUGUUGGUUGCUCACAGUCUGCGAGUGACCUGGGUAAUGCAGUUUUUCAUACAAGAGAAGAAUUUCAGUUUACUGAAGAAUCUGGUCUCAGAAAGGAGCAAAGCUCCAGUCCAGCAUCUUGUUCAGAACAAUAUUACAUCCCUGAAAUGCCUUGUGAAAUGGGUGGCUCUUCCAACUUUCUCCAGCAAAAUUUCUCUCAUAACAAUUUGACUUCUGCAAGCAGUGAUUAUCAAUUUGAAUUACAGGAGCUACCCAACAUAUCCUCACUAGAACUGAGGCAGGAAUCAUCAGUAUUGCCAACUCAUUGCAUAAAUGCUAAUGAAAGCCAUGAACUGGUGAAUGUCCCAUUUCAAACUUCUGUGGGCCCGAGAGCUCCUACUUCCAUGGGAAAUAUCACUGCAAGUUCUGCGCAAUCAGACCAGAUAUUCAUAUCUGAUGAUGAAUGUUGCAGGUUUCUUUUUUCAGAGGCAGCAAAUGGUGGAAUUUUUUCCUGCGGAAGCAUUACAAAAGACUCAAAUGUGGUUGACCUAGGUGGUGACAUGGAUUCUUCACUUCCUCAAUCAUCUAACAUCCAGAUAUCUGAAACAGAGAGAAGUGCUUCACAAUCAUAUUGUCCUCCGAGGGAUUCCUCACUUCCUCAAUCAUCAAACAUCCAGAUAUCUGAAACUGAGAGAAGGGCUUCACAGUCAUAUUGUCCUCCGAGGUCUGCUAUUUUGGGAGCUUCAUGCAGUCAAUCAUUUCUACCUGGUCCUUCCCUCCAUUCUGCUGAUGAUAGUACACUUGUAUAUGGUAGGGAACCCAAUCAAUUAAUGGCCCAAUCAUAUGGAACUCACGAACAACAGUUUAUCACAAGCGUACAUGACAGCUUUAUCUAUACCAAUGGUGCCAUCAACUCCUCUUGUGAUGAUGGUACAGAUCACACAGAGCUUCAAGAGCAACCUUAUCUGAAGGAACCGUCAAAAUUAGUGCCUGUGGACACCUUUCCUUCAGGUUCAGAUACCAUAUCAUCUUGUCCUGCAGGCGAGAAACCAAAUGUGCAUGCAGAACAGCAGGAUGCAGGAGGUCUUUGCUAUGAACCUCCUCGCUUCCCAAGCUUGGAUAUGCCUUUUUUGAGUUGUGAUCUCGUACAAUCUGGCAGUGAUAUGCAACAAGAGUAUAGUCCUCUUGGUAUACGCCAACUGAUGAUGUCUUCCAUGAACUGCAUCACCCCAUUUAGGUUAUGGGAUUCACCAUCUCGGGAUGGUAGCCCUGAUGCUGUUCUGAAAAGUGCUGCCAAGACUUUCACAGGCACACCAUCCAUUCUGAAGAAACGAAACCGUGAUUUAUUGUCACCCUUGUCAGAGAGAAGAGGUGACAAAAAGCUUGAGAUUGACAUGGCGGCAUCCAAUUUGAGCAAAGAUUUUUCACGUUUAGAUGUUAUGCUUGACGAGACUGUGACUCACAACAGAUCAUCUCUGCUGUCUCCGUCAUCCAAUCGGGAAAAGAACCAUGAGUCCUCAGGUGAAGAUAAAGAAAAUCUGGACCCUGCUUGUGAAGCUGCAGAAGAAAAUAGUGGUAAUUCCAAGGACAACGUAAAGCAAGGGAUAGGUGAUAGUGAUGAGAGGUCCAAGGUUCAUCUCGAUGCUAGUGCUCAAACUGUGCCUCAGUCUUCUGAACUUCUGGCUGAAGAAAACACCAAUGAUCUGUUGUUUUCUCCUGAUCAACUUGGUUUUAAAUCAGACAGAGCUUUUGGUCCCAGUGCUCGAACUCCCAGAAAUUUGUACCGUAAAAUUUUGGGCACUUUAUCAGAUCAAGCCAGUGCUUCAGAAUCCACAUCUGGAAAUCCAUGCAUAAUUAUUAGCCCUACUGUUUGUAAGAAGAAUCAUGGAAGUCACGUAAUUGAAAGUACAUCAGCCCCCUCGGAGAAUAUGCCUGAUAAUUCUGGGCACAGUGCUGGCACUGAAAAUUUUUGCAUGUUUGGUGAUACUCCUUUCAAAAGGAGUAUUGAAUCCCCAUCGGCAUGGAAGUCACCUUGGUUCAUUAAUUCUUUUGUGCCAGGCCCGAGGAUUGAUACGGAAAUAUCCAUCGAGGAUAUUGGUUAUUUUAUGAGUCCUGGGGACAGAAGCUAUGAUGCCAUUGCAUUAAUGAAACAGCUAAGUGAGCACACUGCCUCAGCAUAUGCCGAUGCCUUGGAAGUUUUGGGUAAAGACACUCCGGAGUCCAUAUUAAAAGAAAGGAGGCGCUCCAAUGAUCCCAAUUGUGAACAAGAGAAUCGCUCCAAUUUAGUUCCAAAUGUUUCGACCGAAUGCCGUACCCUUGACUUUAGUGAAUGUGGAACACCUGGGAAGAGAACAGAAAAUGGGAAAUCUUCAACUGCCAUAAGCUUUUCAAGUCCCUCUUCCUAUCUUUUGAAGGGUUGCAGAUAG